AUGAGAGAAAUAUUCCUUCUCCUCAUCCUCCUCCUCCUCUUCUGUUCCUCGAUAAAAUCUUCAUCUUCAUCUUCACGGAACAUCCAUGAUCAUCUUCAAAAAGGUUCCUCUCUAUCCGUUGAUGAUAGUUCAGACGUCAUUAGGUCCCCAGACAACUCUUACACCUGUGGCUUCUAUGGCUUCCAAAGCAAUGCUUAUUGGUUUGCAAUCUGGUUCACAAACUCCAAAGAUCGCACAGUGGUCUGGAGUGCCAACCGCAACACACCUGUGAAUGGCCGUGGAUCAAAGCUGACAUUUAGGAGAAACGGAGCCAUGGUUUUGACAGAUGUGGAUGGCAUGGUCGUGUGGGAAACAAACACAACCUCCACAGAUGUAAACAGAGCAGUGCUGCUGAAUACAGGUAAUCUGGUGCUACAGAACCAAAAAGGUCAGAUUCUUUGGCAAAGUUUUGAUUAUCCAACUGAUACUCUAUUGCCUUAUCAAACGCUAACAAAGAGCAAAAGCUUGAUAUCUGCCUUACGAAGAGGAAGUCUUGAAUCUGGAAAUAUUGUUUUGAGCUAUAACAGUAUUAACGUUUUAACACUGACUUACGAUGGCCCAGAAAUAUCAAGUGUCUACUGGCCUAGUCCUGAUCCUGGAUUUAAUGUCUGGUCUUACGGAAGAACUUCAUAUAACAGCAGCAGAAUCGCAGCCUUUGAUGAUUUUGGUGAAUUUAGGUCGAGCGAUCGGUGGCAGUUUAGUGCUUUAGAUAUGGGUAUUGGGAUCAGAAGGAGGUUAACCAUGGACUAUGAUGGUAAUCUCAGAUUCUAUAGCUUGAACGAGUCAACUGGAUUAUGGUCGAUUUCAUGGCAAGCUAUUGCACAACCAUGUAGUGUUCACGGAAUCUGUGGGAGGAAUGGAAUCUGUGAUAACGGAGUACUACAAUCAGAAUGUUCAUGUCCACCCAAUCAUCAGUGGACUAACCCUGCUGAUUUAAGUCAGGGUUGUAAGCCUACUUUCAAUACAACCUGUUCAAACUCAACAAAGUUUGGAUUUUCGGAAGUGCCGUAUACAGAUUACUAUGGCUUUGAUUUAGAUUACUUCACACCCAUUACGUUGGAUGCUUGUAAGGACAUCUGCUUGGGAGAUUGUAGAUGUAUAGCAUUUAGUUACAGGAUAACAGGUGCAGGAUUAUGCUUUAUUAAAAGUGCUCUUUUCAACGGUUUCCGGUCUCCUAAUUUCCCAGGAAGCAUCUACUUGAAAGUACCAAUUGACAUGGAAACAAGAGAAUCUGUCUCAACUCUUACUAGUUCUAACACCACGUGUGUAGAGGUCGUCACAGUCAUGGUGGGUUCUCCAUCUAUGUAUCAAUCAUCUGGCAAAAAGGUGAAAUGGGUUUAUCCUUUCUCCUUCGUUAUAGGUAUUGGUGUGGUUGAAGCUUUGGUUAUCUUUUUAGGGUGGUGGAUUUUCUUUAAGAAAAAUGCCAUCCUAACCAACUUAGAAGAGGGGUAUCGUAUGGUAUCAAGUCAGUUUAGGGGGUUUACUUAUCAAGAACUGGUGAAGGCGACACAAAACUUUAAGGGAGGGGAAGAGGAAGAAACGGAGCUUAUGAGGUUUGUAAGGGUGAUGAAAACGAAGCUUCAAGGAGAAGAAAUGGAUUUGUGGGUUGAAGAGAUUAUUGAUUCGAGGUUGGGAGGGUUGUUUAGUAGGAAGCAAGCUGCAAAACUUGUUGAGAUUGGUAUAAGUUGUGUGGAGGAAGACAGAAAUAAAAGGCCUACAAUGGACUCAGUUGUUCAAGAUCUAAUUGAUUGUGAGUCCUAG